AUGGAUGAUAAGCUGGAGAACCAGGGUCUUCGAAUAACGACCUGGAAUGAAGAAGUGAACGGUAUCAGGUCAGCCAUGUUUGAGAUUCUGCAGGCAGAUAUCGUGGUCAUGCAAGAGACCAAGAUUCAAAAGAAAGAUCUCCGGGAUGACAUGGUUCUGGUUCCUGGCUGGGAUGUCUUUUUCAGUCUGCCUAAGCACAAGAAAGGAUACGCAGGAGUCGCUGUCUACACUCGUAACUCUAGUUGUGCCCCCAUCAGAGCCGAAGAAGGCAUUACAGGUGUCCUGACUCCUCCGAAUUCCCAAACCAGCUUCUUCGACCUCCCAGAAGACCAACAGAUUGGUGGCUAUCCCACCCCGAGUCAGCUCUCUUACUGCUCCCUCGAUGCUGCUACCCUUGAUUCGGAAGGUCGUUGUGUCAUCCUCGAAUUCCCUGCCUUUGUGCUCAUCGGUACCUACUGCCCUGCAAACCGAGACGAAUCACGAGACGAAUUUCGAAUUGGCUUCCUGAAUGCCGUCGAGGCGCGCGUAAGGAACCUGGUGGCUGCUGGGAAGAGGGUCUUCUGGACUGGGGAUCUGAACAUCAUUCGGGAGGAAAUUGACACCGCCAAUGCUGGAGAACAGCUGCGGAAACAAGGAAUUACCGUUGAAGAGUAUCUCUCAACCCCAGCGAGGAGGAUGCUGAACCAGCUUCUCGUCGAUGGGAAAGUCUUUGGAGAGAGAGACGAAGGCAGAGAGAAACCGAUCAUGUGGGAUAUCUGCCGGUCCUUCCAUCCGAAUCGUCUAGGCAUGUUUACAUGCUGGGAGCAGAAGAUCAAUGCUCGCCCAGGCAACUUCGGCUCCCGCAUUGACUAUGUUCUCUGCAGUCAGGAUUGGAAGGACUGGUUUUGCGAGUCCAACAUACAGGAGGGUCUGAUGGGCUCUGACCACUGCCCCGUCUAUGCCGUGCUCAAGGAGAAGGUUGAAAUUGAGGGGAAAGAGGUGCAUGUGCGGGAUAUAAUGAGUUCUGGGAUGUUCAAGGAUGGUCUGCGACAACGGGAAUGGUCAGCAAAGGACCUGCUUCCAAUGUCUGCCAGGCUUAUCCCAGAGUUCAACCAUCGUCGCAGUAUUCGCGAUAUGUUCACCAAGAAAUCUUCGCUAACAGCAUCAGAUAACUCACUCUCAACCCAAGGGGCUCAAGAUGAAGUCGGAACUGCCUUGCCAGAUAGAGGGUUACUUACGUCCAAGGGCGCAAUGGCUUCUGUGAGCACGCUACAAGCAAAACCAGAAGUCACAGAGGAUUUGACCGCGGUGACAACUACCGUUUCGCAGACGACUUCGAUUCAGAGCUCUGCAAAGCCCCCAAAACGUCCAAUCGAGUCCCCCACCACACGACCCCAGAAACGUGGUAAGCCCAGCACCAGCUCGAAGUCCACAACGUCAAAGGCACAGUCAGGGAAGGGACAGAGCAGUCUAAUGGGCUUCUUCAAAUCGAAGCAACCGCAAGAUAGCCAGAAUUCGUCAAUAAUCGAUGCAAAGUCAGAUACAGCAACUAUGAUAAGCAUCGAUACCCUUCCCGAAUCCUCAGAUCUAGCUCCACCGGCUAAGGAAGAGCCUCCUGCCACGCAAAGCUCCGAGAACCUAUCUCCCAACCUAGCCUUCAACCCCGCCGAUCAAAAGAGCGUCCAUGACCCGAUAGCUGUCAAAGAUAGCUGGUCGAAGCUUCUGGGAAAGCGAGUGGUGCCUCGAUGUGAGCAUGAUGAUCCCUGCAUUAGCCACAUAACCAAGAAGGGAGGAGAGAACUGCGGGCGAUCUUUCUACAUGUGCCCAAGACCUCUGGGUCCAUCUGGGAAGAAAGAGAAGAAUACCGAGUGGCGUUGUGGGACUUUCAUUUGGAGCAGUGACUGGACUAAGGACAUGAAUUAA